CAUGCUCACAGUCAACCCUCAUACAUCAUUCCAGACAUGAACGAACAGGUGGAAAGAUAUCUUCCAGAUUAUUCCCGGUGGUUGAUAUACAAUGGCACCACGUUCAAAGACUUUGUCCGUACGGUCGGAAACCCUGCUUCAAAAGCGAAAUCUGAUGAAGUUAUACUGGAUGCUAUAGUGACGGCAUUGCGAGAACAGGUUAAUCUGGCUUUUCCCGAGGUGCACAAUUAUGGCCUGAUGAGACCACUGGUAAGAAACUGGACAGGCGUGGAAAACGUGCUGAGGCAAGACCUACCCCCCAGCCUCUUCGAUCGGUUUCAGUAUCUUAUGCUUCAUGGAAAUACUCCCAGGAGCAUCCCUCAACAACCGGAUGGGCAUAAAACCAACCAGAUCCACAGUUAUAAGAGACUUGACCCAGAUAGCAUUCGACUGUUAGUCGUAUAUCCAGCGAAGGAUAAGAAUGCGGAAGUUAACUGUAUGCUCUGCCACGAGAAGCUCACAUCAAAUCUGCCAUUUGAAGCACUCUCAUACGUAUGGGGAGAUGCCUCUGUUUUACGGCGCAUUCGACUUGACGAGACCGAGGUUAUGGUUACCGAAAAUUUAGAAAAUGCUUUACGGGCUCUGCGCGACACUAGAAAGCCGAGAGUGCUAUGGGUAGAUGCCGUUUGUAUCAAUCAAAUGGAUAUGGAAGAGAAGUCAGUUCAGAUUCAGCUAAUGGCUAAGAUCUAUUCCUUUGCGACCCAGGUUGUUGUUUGGGUUGGGAAAGCUUCAAAUACCUCUGCCAUUGCUCUUCCGCUACUAGCUACGUUGAUAGCACCCUUCGGAGAGGAUUGGUCAAAUACCAGUGCUCCUAUCAUUGGACCAUGCGAGAUAUGCACACGCAACCAAUUGUAUAGGACCGACUCUGCCGCGGGACUGAAGCAUAUUUGGCAUGAAUGGUCUCUCUACCUCCGGAGUCGCUCGUCGCAGGAGGUUCUGGAAGCAUUGCGAACCUUCUUUCAACGUCCGUGGUGGCAAAGAAUAUGGAUUUUCCAGGAGCUCGUGUUAGCCAAAAAAGCAGUUCUAGUGUGUGGCGAGAUGACGAUGCCUUGGAACGAUUUCCAUCGUGCUGUCGGUAUCAUAGCCGUUCUCUGUAUGGACGAAGCACAGGAGUUGAAAAAAGGAAACCGUGCAUAUGUCUCUCCGAAUCACCGUUCCCGACUUUUGAAGGAUAUUCAGGAUUUAGUCUGGCCAGUUGGUAUUAUGCAAGUUUACCGGGACAAGAGAGCCACGAACUCGCCUAUAAGUCUCGAAGCACUACUCUGGACGACGUCGGCGUUUAAAGCAACAGACGGUCGCGAUAAAGUCUAUGCGGUACUGGGACUCGUCAAUGAUGACCCUGAGAUCAAUGAAGUCAUCCGACCGGACUACUCCAUCUCUACUGACACGUUAUACAGAAAGGUUGCCCUAUAUAUCAUAGAGCAUCAUCAGGAUCUGAGAGUUUUGGAGAAUGAAUUCGACAAUACUGGAAAAUGCAGUAAAAACGGGGUUCUUUGCCUAGAAUCAUGGAUGCCGGACUUUAAUCAUCGGCUGAAGGGAAUACCUAUCGAUCGUGACAACGUUCUUCCAGAAUUUGACGCCAGACGCGCUAUCUACGUUGACGUAGUGGAAGGUACAUCCUCAAAACCAUACCUAUUCGAACGUCAAUUCAACGCAGGAAUCCACGACAGCUCCACUUCUCUGCCAAUAUCCAUAUCAGAUGAUCUCAGAACCUUGACUGUCACUGGUAUAGAGUUCGACAGGGCGUCUGAAUUUUUUCCGAUAUGCCUUCCCGAACUUAAAGAGGUAGAAAAAUGUCUCCGAUAUUGGCACAAAGAGUUCCACAGUCGCAUGGACAAUCGAGGCGAAGAUUCACCUUACCCGCCUGACACCGACACAAAUGCGAUGUUCUGGCGAACUGUGCUCGCAAAUCGCUGGCACCCCCGGCACACAGCUAUCAUGCAUCCCAUCACGUCCUCAGAGCUCCAACAUUAUGGACCGUUUCCACCUACCACAAUAGAAGAACAGGACAAACUUUUACAUGAAAUCGCUGUGCAAGUCAGGAACCGUACAAUGAUCUGUGGUGGCAGGAAGUUAUUUUGGACGGCAAAAGGGUUUGUUGGUCUAGCUCCUGGAUAUCUUCGCGAGGGAGAUGUAAUCGCUGUACUCUUAGGAGCGAGAGUGCCUAUCUGUUUGAGGAAAGGAACAGGGGUCCAGGGCGGCUGGACCGUUGUGGGCGAUUGUUACGUUCAUGGUGACAUUAUGCAUGGAGACGUCGUUAGAGCGCAACAGAAGGGAGAAGGCGGGUAUAAGUUGAAGCAAUUUGAUUUACAAUAG